GACGAGACAGAGACGAUGCUCAAGUCCCUUCUCUACGGCACGCGCUGUCCUCUGCACAUCCACUUCAUCAUCGCGGGCGAGCCCGAGCACUCCGCGCUGCGCUCCCUCAUGGUCACGCUGCGCGCCACCGAGCUCAUCCCCAACCCCUCGCCCUACAUCUACCCCACGCGCAAGAACGCCCGUAUCGGCCACCCCACUGCCAAAGACCUGGCAGCACGAGGGUACAGCAACGGGGUGGCGAGCAGGCAGAGAGCGGCGGUGCUGUUCAGCAUGCACUACCUGCCCACGGAGUAUGUGGUGGAGCGCGCCAAGGCGCUGCACCUCUGGCCGCUCGCCCACCAUGCAGGCGUGCCCGGCAUGAGCAAGUUCUUCAUGGCUGAGAUCCUCUGGCAGGUGCAGCGAGCCAUCUACCUGGACGUGGACAUGAUAGUGGGCGGGGACAUACAGGACCUGUGGGACUUCUUCCUGUCCAUGGCGCACGACCCCGACCUGCUCUUCUUCAUCAGCAACAACCACCCCGAGGGCGCCAAUGCACGCCGCCUGCUGCGCCCCUACUGCUCCUGCCAGAUGGUGCUGGACCUGCAGCGCAUGCGCGAGGCCAAUCUCACGCAGCUAUUCGUGGACACACUAGGCCCGCACAAGCCCAAGGAGCUAGCGGACUACGUGGAGGACGGGGACCAGUUCCUCUUCAUGUGGACGUGCAAGCAGAUGCCCACGCGCUGCCGCGUGCUGCCGCGCCUCUGGAACGUCUCUGGCUGCACCAAGCCACUGCCCUUCCUGGGGUUAACUUCGAGAGGACGGGAGGCGAAUGGGAGCUGCUGGCGCAUUGUGCAUUUUAACUGCAUGGGGCACAUGCGGGGAGGGCAGGGGAGCUAUGUUGUGCCUCCGGAGUGGGAGGAGGCGGCUUCGUGGACCCGGAGUUUGAGAUUGGAGAAAUUGAGACGGCCGCCAGUAGCGUGA